AUGUUCGGCCUCGACGAAACCUUCUUGGCGCUUCGCUCAACCCUGCGAUCCGUCACGAUCUGCUCGCUGCUCAUCUUCGCCCACGUCAUACUGGUCACCAUGGCCGUCGCCCCGCGCGAGCUGUUCGAAGCGUACCCCGAGCUGUCGCGCGCAGUCAAGCUCCUUUCGGGCAUGACCUUCCUCACCCUCCUCUGGAAGGUCUUCAUCCUCUUCGAAUUGGCGGAUCUGGCGCCUGCUCCGUAUGCAGCACGAGCGGAGGCAGUGGACGAGAAGGCGGGGCUUGAGGUGGAGGCAGACAUUGUGGAUGAUGAUGCAAAGGCGGCGGAAGGAGGGCACGUCUAUACCAGGACAGGGUCGGAGGUGGUGAUGGGGACGCUGGCGCUGGCUGGGUGGGCGUACUGCGUUCCAUCAGCAAUGACAAUCUUCCAGAUCCUGUCCGCUCGGCUCGUCAAAGAGCUUGUCCUCCUGCCCAUCUCAUAUGGCCUCGCCGUCUCAUCCCUCGCGAUCAGUCAGAUCCUACUUCUCGCUCAGCUCUACCGCCUUCGUCAUACCCGAGCGGCAGGCACCAAGCUCUGGACGGCGCGGACGGGGCACUGGGACGUACGGGUCAAGCUGGGGCGUGAGCGGGCGGGGGAGAUGGCGUGA